AUGCCACCCCCACCACCUCCUCCUCCACCUCCUCCACCAAUGGCGCCGGCAGCGCCGCCAGCGUCGUCAGCGGGAGGACUCCCCAAAGUCACUCCAGAUCGAAACGCCUUACUUGGCGAUAUCAGAAAGGGGAAAACCUUGAAGAAGGCCGUCACUAACGACAGGUCUGCCCCGCUUGUUGGUGGCUCUUCACCUUCAAAUGCUGCACCUCCAAUGUCGCCAAUGGUUCCCGCCAGUGGCCCCUCGGCACCAGCAGUCCCUUCAAUGGCUCCACAACUGGGAGAUAUAUUUGCCGGUGGUAUUCCAAAACUCAAACAUGUGUCCAAACCAAGGAACCCUACUUCUUCUCCUGGUUCAGCACCUUCGGUUCCAACGGGGAGACCCAUAGGAAGAUCUUCUAAACCACCAACUACAAAUGGCGUCCCCUCCAUACCGUCUGCUCUACCACCGUCCUUACCGUCUGCUUCACCUCCAUCCAUACCGCCUGCUCCCCCAACACCAGCUCCUCCUCUUCCCUCAGCUUCGGCACCAUCGAUUCCUUCCUUCAAUGCUCCAUCGACACCCUCAUUGCCUUCACAGAGACCAAACGUCCCCUCCAAAAGACCAAAUACAGCCUUCCCAAAAUCGUCUGCUCCACCACAGCUACCUUCCCUAUCGGCUCCACCUCUUCCUGGAUCCACUCCUCCACCUCUUCCGUCGGGAAACGCUUUACCAUCUGCUUCGUCAUCUUCAUCACCACAACCUCCUCCUCCUCCACCACCACCACCACUUAGUGGUAAUGCUCCUCCUGCUCCGUCAAAACCAUCAUCAGGCGCAUCGGCUCCUCCAAUUACAGCCGGUGGACUACCAUUUUUAAAUGAAAUCAACAAGAGAAGAGAUGACCGGUUUGUUGUUGAUGAUGCAAAGGUCUCAAAAGCUAGCGGAGGCAUUCCACCAUCACCACAACACAAGGAUCCUUCACUGCCUUUAACCUCGGCACCUCCUGUGCCUUCCUCUCAUGCACCAAAUCCACCGAAUCUACCGUCUGCUCCUCCUCCUCCUGCUUUAGCAACAAACACUCGCUUGCCAAAUAGGCCUUUUGCAUCACCUUCUCCUUUUACAAAUUCGCCAAAGCCACGUUCACCAUUGCCAAGUAGGUCGUCACCGCAACCUCCUCCACUGCCAUCUUCUAGUGCUCCUCCACUGCCAUCUUCUAAUGCUCCCCCACUGCCAUCUUCUUGUGCACCCUCACCUCCUCCUGCUCCUCCUGCUCCUCCUGCUCCUCCUGCUCCUCCUGCUCCUCCUGCUCCUCCUGCUCCUCCUGCUCCUCCUGCUCCUCCUGCUCCUCCUGCUAUUUCCGGCUCCUCAUCCUCAAAGAUUACUUCAUCUGCUCCUAAAACAUCAGGUUUAGGUGGAGGUUUACCUUUUCUUGAUGAAAUAAACCAGCGUAGAAACGAUAAAUUUGUUGUUGAUGAUAACAUAGUUGCCCAGAAGAAAAAGCAAACAACAAGUGCACCACCGGCCCAAGAAACUAUCGAAGUAAAGAGCUCUGUACCAUCAGUACCUUCUACUCCUCAACCUAGCGGGAAUCCAUUGUUAGAUGAGAUUAUGAAGAGAACUCACCAGAAACCAUCUUCAUCAACUCCUCCUGUGGCGCCUUCUGUUCCUCCUCAACAUACCUCUCCUCCGAAGACAAUACCCACCAACGCUUUUUCAAAAGAGACAUCUGCUUCUCAUUCAUUAUCAUCUGCACCUCCGGUCCCCCCAAGUAUACCGCCAAGUAUACCUCCAAGUAUACCUUCAAGUACCGGCGCUCCAUCGCCGCCACCGCCACAACCACCGCAAGUUCCACCAAUGUCGACUCCGUCUCCUCCCUCCUCUCUCUCGCAUCCUCCUCCACCCCCUCCACAACAAAAAACAGCGGUAUCCACACUUGCACAUACCCCGUUGCAACCUGAUACUUCAGAUUCUAUCAGUGUCUUUUCUUCUUCUACAGUUAGCACAAAAAAGAAAGCACCGCCGCCACCUCCUCCGCCAUCUGCCCCUGCUCCUUCUUCUGUGGAUCCAUCUUUAAAUAAUGCACCAGACCUUUCGUGCUUAAACCUGAAUUCAGAACCAGUGCAACCAGUUGUUAAACAUCAAGAAGGACUAUUUGGAGGAAUUGGAUCUAAAUUGAAGCUUGGAAAAUAUCAUCACCAACGUGGACCAAGCAAUACACAAACUACAGAUCAGAUUGUGCAGCAACAAAUUGCUGGUAACCAGAUUAGAAAGAUAGACGUUUCGGCUUAUACAAUCACUGGCUCAAGUAAUGGGGCACAGUUAGCUACAUCAAACGCUGGCUCUACAAAAGCGAGCGGAAGUUUAAAAAUUGAAAACCCAAGAUUCAAAUUCGAAAAUCAGAUAGAUAUACCUAAACCUCAUAAAUACGAAGGUAGGAUCAAGUUAUAUCCGAGUGGUAGAGGAAGCAGUAUGCCGCUAAAUCUUUCUGAUUUUUAG